AAAUUACUCUUCAAAUAACAGUGUAUUUUGUUCCACACACACAGAGGCUGAUAGUUCUACUUCCCUGAUUUGGAUUUGUAGUGAGGAAGUUCUGGAAGAAAUGCGAGAGCUGCAAGAUAAAUCAUCAAACUGAUUGUCUGAAGAAACAACAGAAAUUUUGUUGACCUCCUCAUUUGUACUUAAUUUGUACUUGUUGGGAAAAACCCUGAUUCUGUUCUAUAUGUUUCUCUGGGCCUCUCUUCUGCUGAUGCAGAAUUAUCCCUGUCUACUGCUGAGACAAAUUUGAGUCUUUGAAGCAUAAGGAAAGUGAUGUGCUGUAGGACGUGUCUGAACUUCUCAUCCUUCAUGGAAAGAACAUAUUGUAUUAGAAGUAUUUCUAAGUGUCAUUAGCUCUUUCAACAGAUCUGCUUGGGAAAUACUUCCGUCUUGAUCUGAUUUAUGAACUUGAAAAUGUACUUGGUUAAGAACUAUGCUAUCAGUUUUUUCUUUCUGGAAGUAAAGACAAGAGAAAACUAUUCCCCAUUCUCAUUCUAGACUCAAAUUCACACCUAACUCAUACUCUCUCUCCUCAAUCUGCUAAAAUCACAGGCUUGAAAUGAAAGGUGCUUGGUAUAAAUAAAGCUUAUAACACAAAUAAAAAUAGGAGGGAAAAGAUCAAUCUUGUUUAAGUAAUGAUUAAGUGUCUGGAGAAGUUUUACAAGACCACAAGCAGAGAUAAUCAGUUCUUGGCAGUAGUAGUCAGAGGCUCUGUCUUAACUGUGAGACGCUAUCUAGACACAGAUAACCUCCAGCACAUGUCCAGAUUUGGCAAUUUUACCAAAGUACUCAGAUAACGUAAUACAUAUUUAAACCAUUCAGACAUUUCCUUCUUUCGUCUAUCUGUGAUACAAAACAGCUCCCCCCCACGUGACGUUAUAGACCUAGUGAUUCAGAUCUAUUGGCUCUUGGUUGUGGAAAAAUCUGCCUGGAGGUCAGUCGUGGUUCAUACCACAAGCAGCCAUCCUUUCUCCACUCUGCCUAACUGCAGUCUGCUUUUUUAAAUGAACACAAAAUCCUUACUUUCAGCUGCAUUUGAUUAAGGGUCUGCAUAGAGUCUUAUGCAAAGUGUAAGGACUUCUGAAUGUGUUGUGCAUACAGGAGCCUGUCUGUGAAAGCUGGCCCCAGUUGGGUCCAAGCAGAAGGUAGAGGUGGCUGUGUUUCAAAGGCCGGAACAGGGAAAUACUGAGAGAGAGCCUAGAGGAGUCCAUUGCUGCCACUCUGAUGAUGGUAAUCCUGUGAGAACACCUUCCCACCUGCUGGAAGAGCAGCAAAUUGUCACAGCCCAGAAACUGCUUAAGAAGCAUCAGAACUUCUGAGUUCUGCUGUAUCCCUGAACAUCUUUCAUUAAACUGGAGGAGGUUUUUCCCUGCCCUCCCAUUUCCUGUACACAAUAAUCAGACUUUUAGUAGUUGCAAUUCUUCUUUUUCUUUUCUGAUCUACAAGCCCAUAUGAGGUCUUUUGAAUUCAUUAUGCAUGAACCAGUAUGUAUCUGAGGAUGAAAAGUGUUCCAUCUUACUUUCUUUUUUACGUUGCACUGAACAGUUUUGUUUUUUAACAGAAAUGCCUUCUUCCUUUUGAAAACUCUCAGAAAUAUGUUCCUUUAACAACCUCCUACAUUGUAUGUAUUUGCAAUUUGUAAACACAGUAUGUCAAAGAAUGAUUUGAUUCAGUGGUGAGGCAGCCAGAUAUUUGCAUGUCAUGAGGUCUAAGGGAAACAAACUGACCCUCAGCCUUCCCUGAUCCAGGCAGAUUCUGAUGGGACCCUCAAAUAGCUCUGGCAAAGUGUUCUGUUUCUUUUGGACUUCAUGACUGCUUGUUUCUGUGAAGACGCAUAAUUAUUUCUUCUUUUAUUUUGCUGCACAAGUUACCAAGAGAAGCAGCUUAAAACCAAAUAACAACCCAGCAUUGAGAAAUCCAGGGCACUGCAAAUGACCAGGAAAUGCCUGUCUAACUUUCACAGAUCACCUGGAGGGCCCCAGCAGGAUGACCAGCAGUCACACAGACUGUCAUUUCUGCCUUCAGUCUCUCCGUGGCAGGAAAUACGCACUAAGAGAAGAAAAUGCUUACUGUGUUCCGUGUUAUGACAGCCUGUAUGCCAACCCCUGUGAAGAGUGCAAGCAACCCAUUGAGUGUAACUCCAAGGAUCUGGCCUACAAAGGCCGCCACUGGCAUGAGGGGUGCUUCAGGUGUGCCAAGUGCAAUCGCUCACUUGUGGAGAAACCAUUUGCUGCCAAGGAUGAGGUCUUGCUGUGUACUGAAUGCUACUCUGAUGAGUAUUCAUCCAAGUGUUUUCACUGCCAGAAGACCAUUAUGCCAGGUUCACGUAAAAUGGAAUUUAAGGGAAGUUCCUGGCAUGAAUCCUGUUUCGUUUGCCAGUACUGUCGACAACCAUUGGGAACAAAACCAUUAAUCACCAAAGACAAUGAGAAUUACUGUGUGCCCUGUUUUGAGAAGCAAUUUGCUCACCAUUGCUAUGCUUGCAAAAAGGUUAUAACUUCUGGAGGAGUGAUCUACCAUGACCAGUCUUGGCACAAAGAGUGCUUUGUGUGUGCUGGGUGUAAAACCCAGCUGUCUGGACAAAGAUUCAUUUCCAAAGAUGAGUAUCCAUACUGUGUAGACUGUUUCAGCAGAUUUUAUGCUAAGAAGUGUGCUACUUGCAAGAAACCUAUUACAGCUCUCGGAGGUGCCAAAUAUAUCUCAUUUGAGGAACGUCAGUGGCAUGGGGAAUGCUUUAACUGUGCAAAGUGUUUUGUCUCCCUGGUGGGCCAGGAAUUCCUCACUCGGCAGGAUGACAUCCUUUGCUACGAAUGUGGCUCUGCUUCAUAGUUUCGAGGAAAGCUGUGCAGCUGCUUUAUUCUCACUCUGUAACUAUGUAGUUCACUGCCCUGCUGUAAGAAAACCAUAUAAAAGAUAUUACAAUUUUUUAGUCAUUCAAGUAACUUUCCUUCAGCAGUUUAACUCUGUCAUAGUUCUCAGCUGCUUAUAAGCAAAAAUUAAACAACUGCCCCAUUCUGGUUAAUAAAAUGAUGCAGAAAAGGUUUGUAUAUAUUUUAAGUCUAACUCCAAAAUGUUUUCCUUGUAACACACUGCACUCUGCAGUUAGAAGCUUAAAAAUUCAUCUUUUAUCAUCUCUGAACCAAGGAGGAUUGUGAAAAGUCUGUUUGGCAUAUGAAUAAUGAUGAGGCAUUAGCACUGAUUCACCUUGGCAUGGAAAGCUGAGCAGAAGCAUUUUUCUAUUGGAUCAUAACAUUCAAGAACACCUUGUAAAUAUUAUAUUCUUCCAUACUUCAGGCAAAAAAAAAGAUGCUGAAAAAACAGGUAGAAAUUGUGAGUAGGAGGUGCUUUCACACUGAGGAGCACGGAGACAGAGAGCCCCAUUCCAAGGGCCAAUUAAAGGGAAAAAGGUCACUUUCCUCUCCUUACUGGGAUUGCUACCCAAAGAAGUCAUCCAAAAUACUAUGGCACAGGUUCUUUCCCAAAACUGGCUAACUGUACUUAAUUUUUUAGGUAUAGCCGCUGUAGAACAUAAAUAAACCCAUAUUUUCAGCUACUGCAAGACGUAAGGAUUGCCCAAGAUUGAAUAGUGCUGAUGUACAUUUUCCCAUAACUAAUAUGCCUUAAGACUGUUUCCAUUGUCUUUGCUAUACCUUCAAAUACAGGCCUAAAAUAUAUUUUUUAAUAUUUGAUGCAAGAGCCAACUCAUACUGGUCCCUUUAACCUUGUACUUUCCUCCAUUGAAAACCGCUUUGCCAGCAAUUGAAGCCCUGUUAAGGGCCUCACCUGCUUGGUCUUUGAUUCACAGAUCAUCCCUCUGCUUGUAAAUUCUUGCUUGUGGACUGUAGGCUGUAAACUCACCAGAACCAAUUCCUGAUUCAUUUCACCAUUAGCCACACGGGUUUUUUAACAGUAUGUCAAGAAUUAGUGAUGUUGUCAUUGCAAUCUAGGCAGCUUCUGCUUGCAGUACAAGCUCUUAGUUUCUAGGUAGCUGGCAUUUAUAUCUGCUUGCUGACCUCCAGCACCUAAAUGUCUACUAUUAAAGGUCAUCUAGAGCUGAGUUACAAACAUCUAUCUUCUUCCUUCUUCCACACUGUGUCUUACAGUGGCCUGGUUCAUGUACUGGGCCAUUGUGGAUGGAGCAGUGAUGUUAGGAAUGGCAGGUUCUGCUCUGUUCAACAGAGUUUGAGUCCUCAUCUUGCAUGUCUUUAAGUCAUUCUUUAGACUCUGACCUUGAGUGAAAAGAGUUAUUUGGCUGACUUGAGUAGCCUUUAUUCAUACUGAAGACAGCCAUUACUUUAGGCAGGAAAGCAAAAAAAAAAAAAAGAAUAUGUGUGCAUGGCUAAGCCAGGGCAAAAGUGCAGUGGCGUAAAAUCAAUACGGAUAAUGACUGACCAAUGAGUACAUAGAAGUCUGUUGUCCAGUCAAUAAAAUAUUGAUCUUUUGCUCUAUGUGGUGUUAAUUUUUGGUUUUCAUUUUCUUCUUUCAUGGCAGCUUUUAUUGCAGUCUAGAGUUUGAUUAGUUUAUGUUUUUCAUUUUAUCCCAGCUGCUUUCUUUUCUAUUUACACAUCUCCCAUGGCUGAGACAGGUUCUUGAUAAAGCUUAGAUUCCCAUAAAUAGAAAUAUAUUUCAUUGUCUUAUACGUAUAAAUGUAUAAAUAUAUAUAUAUAUAUAAACACACAGACAUAGUGGUUCACAGUUAUGUAUGAUGUUUUAAAAAUUUGCACUGAGCUAUCAGAAAUUAGUAAAUGUUAAUGCUCUUAAAGUUUUUUAUUAAAAUGAUGAAUCACCAUACUCAAGCUUGCCUGUGGGGUGUAUCUUUUGCUUGUUUGUGUGAAAUAACAUUUCACGCAAGCAAACAAACACAUUGCAAGAAUGUGGUUUGGGCCCUUUAUUCAGUCUCCUCUGAAGAAUCUUCCAGCUGAAUUACAAAUUGACGCAGGAAUUACCAGACCGCCUCCUAAGACAUGACAGAGUCACAGGUCAAGACACACUGAUCAUUAUAUUCCCAGUCUUCCAGCCUUAACAUUUAUGAAAAUGAAAUUCUUCUCUGACUCAUCAACUAAUUAUAUUUUUAGAAAUACCAGCUGAAUUAUUUAUUUCUUCUGCAGUAAAUACACUAGAGUCAAACCUGAAACUGUGCAUUUUCAUUUCAGAAUAAUUGUAAGAAAUAUAUGUGAUUUCUACAAAUUGUCUGAAUAAAAGUUAUAUUAGAUAUCAAA